AUGGCCAUGGAAAAAAAUGAAUAUGCACUUGAUUAUGUUCUUCAAGCGGAAUAUAAUCUUCUUCGAAAACAGUUCAUACCUGGAAUUAUUGUCAUUCCGUCGGGAAAAUCUAAUCUAAUCUGGAAUGGUGUUCAUUUCAUUUCUCAAGGACCUUACGAAGGUGGUGUGUUCCGCUUUUCAAUUGUCAUCCCGAAUACGUUUCCCGAUGGCGAUUGUCCGAGGGUUCUUUUCCUGUCAUCGAUGUUUCAUCCUCAAGUUGACCCCAAAACAGGCGAAUUAGACAUCAAACGAUACUUUCCUGUCUGGAAACGAAAUGGGCAUCAUCUCUGGCAAGUUUUACGUUACAUUCGACGUAUCUUUCAAAAGAUUGAAACAACCAAUCCAAUAAACAUUGAAGCGGCGCAUUUAUAUGAACAAGAUCCAGAAACUUUUCUAUCAAAAGUAUCGGAAAGUGUGAGUCAAUCGAAGGACAACCUUUACACUUCCGAUCCGUCGAUCAGUGAUGAUCCACAUGCUAUAUUAUUUACUCCAUGGAUGGCAAAAAGAAAACAUUUUCUCCUAUCGAUACAAAUCAAAGAGAGGAUAGCACUUCAUGAAGCAUUCGAUCAAAUUCAUGGUUUAUCGUGGAUGAAACCAGGUGUACAUCAAAUCUUAGCACGAGAAGAUACUUUACCAAGUCAUCAAAAUUAA